CGGCAGUAAUCUGAGGAAGAAGUCUGAAGACUUGCCAGGUGGCCCCAUCACUUACUCUGCCGCCCACACUGGUGCCUGCUCUCCCUGACCAGUGUCCUCAUGCCUCGCGGUCAGAAGAGUAAGAUCCGGGCCCGGGAGAAACGUCACCAGGCCCGGGAGGAGACUCAGAGUCUCAAUGAGGCCCAGGCCGAGGCCCAGACCCCGGCCCAGGCCCAGGCUGCCUCAGCAGAGGAGGAGGAAUCUUCUCCCCACUCCUCACCUGCUGCUGAAUCUGAGGCUGCUCCCCCUGGCUCCCCUGCUGCUGAUCCUCCCCAGGAGCCCAAGCAGGCCCAGGGUCCUCGCUGUCCCGAUGCAGGGGCCUCGUGCCCGGGGGCCCACGAAGGUGCCCAGGGCCAAGAGGCGGCGAGCGGCAGCACCUCCCAGGCGGCAGCCGCCAUGGAGACCUACCGCAAGGAUCCCCUCACCAGGAAGGCCAGCAUGCUGGUUCAGUUCCUGCUGCAGAAGUACAAAAGCAAGGAGCCCAUCACUCAGGUAGCCUUGCUGAAGGUGGUCAAGAAGAAGUACAAGAAGCACUUCCCCGAGAUCCUCAAGAGAGCUGCGGAUCGCAUGGACCUGGUGUUUGGCCUGGAGUUGAAGGAAGUCAACCCCAGCAACCCCUCCUACACGCUGGCCAGCAAGAUGGCGAUCCCCAGCGAAGAGGAUUUGGUGGGGAGUGUGGGCUUGCCCAAGACGGGCUUCCUGUUGGCGCUCCUGGGCGUCAUCUUCAUGAAGGGCAACCGUGCCUCCGAGGAGCAGGUCUGGGAUUUCCUCCAUGUCCUGGGGGUGCACGCUGGCAGGAGGCACCUCAUCUUUGGGGAGCCCCGCAGGUUCAUCACCCAAGAUCUGGUGAGAGAUAAGUACCUGGAGUACCGCCAGGUGCCAGGCAGUGAUCCCCCCACCUACGAGUUCCUGUGGGGUCCCAGGGCCCAUGUGGAAACCACUAAAAUGCAGGUGCUGAAGGUUCUAGCCAAGCUCAGCAAUACCACCCCCAGUGCCUUCCCCGACCUGUACGAGGAGGCUCUGUUUGAUGAGGCAGACAGGGCAUGCAUGCGAUUCGCGGCCAGGGUUGGCACCACAGCCAAGGCUCGUGGGCCCUCUGGGGCCCAGCUCGCCAGCUCCCCCGGCACCUAGGGAGUCCUGGGGCAGCUUUUACACUCUGUGGUUGUUGAGAGCUGUCAGUGUUUUAGGUAAUGGCAAGUAGUAUGGCUUGGAGAGAGAAGAUAAUCUAUUUUUCCCUGUUGUAAUGAGUAACUUGUAGGUCUAUUUUUUUAAUAGUUCUUUUCUUUAAUUUAAGGUUUAUCUUGUUCAUAAUGUAAGUUGAUUAUUGUCAUGGAUGACACACUUCUUUCUGUUCAUAUUUAAUCGUCAGAGUUUGUCCUUUGUAAGCAAAGUGAAAAAUUUUAAAUAUUUUGCUGUACAAGGAGGUCACAUGUUAUUGGCACAGGUUUUUGUUUUUUGUUAAAUGAGAACAAAUCCCACAGGAAAAUAGUUGGGACAAUUCAGUGGCUGAACAAGGGUAAAUACUGGUCAUUUUUUC